UAGAGAGACAAAGGACUUUGAGAAAGGGGGAAUGGAAAUAACGUAGCUCCUGCCUCUUCCUCUUUGCUGGGGUGGGUUAGGGUAGAAGCUGGCUUCUGCGUGCCCUGCAGCGAGAGGUGACAACAUUAGAAAUAAGCUUGGGCAAGUGACUCUUGAAGAUGGAGGCAAUGAGCCACAUGUGACCUUUCUGGGGCAAGUCCAGGGUGAGGUUUCCUUGAACCCUAAGGCCUUGAGAACACACAGACACUUGAGAUGAGUCAAGAAGAACAUCCGUGGAUGACCUGCUCGGGAUAUGAGGGCGAUCUUCUUGACCCAGCUACCAUUAAAUGUGAAGAUGAGCUUGGGUCCUUUAGCCAAACUGAAGUCCAUCAGGAGCUCUUCUUCAGAGGCAGUUCUACAAAACAACAUGCAAAUUACUACAAGGUGAGGGAUGUGUGAUGGUGAAUGAAGAUGAAAAUAAUCCAUGGGAAGCCUCUGAGGAAAUAGCUCAAAGUAAUGUUUCCAAAAGUCCUGAGCAGACAGAAGGCAUUGAAAGUCUGUGUGAACUGUGGAGGCAACGGGAAAACCGAAUGGAGAAAAGAACAAAUAAAUCCAUUCCUUGCUGGGGAAGUGAAGUCACUGGCCAGGAGCAAAUCGGUGAAGGUGAAAGAGAAGAGAUGCGAAUUGAAUGGGGGAAUAACUCUGACCGUGCUGAAUAUGGCAGAGCCCGAACGGAAGAUAAAACUUACCAGUGCUUAUACUGCGAGAAAUCCUUCAACGCACACUUUAAACUUGUUAGACAUCACCGAAUACACACUGGAGAGAAACCGUAUAAGUGCUUGGAUUGUGACAGGAGCUUCGACCAGAAAGGUAACCUUAUUGCGCAUGCCAGAAUUCACACAGGAGAAAAACCGUAUGCGUGCUCCGAUUGUGGGAAAAGUUUCAGCCACAAAGGAAGCCUUGUGUUGCACGUGCGGAUCCACACAGGAGAGAAACCAUACAAAUGUCCAGAUUGUGGGAAAAGCUUCAGCCGGCUGGGGUCCCUUAAAGAACAUGAAAAAACCCACACAGGGGAGAGACCAUAUACCUGUUUAGACUGUGGGAGGAGCUUCAGGAAAAUCUCAGAGCUUACUACACAUCAUCGAUUCCACACGGGAGAGAAGCCAUAUAAAUGCUCAGACUGUGAGAAAUCCUUCAGUACGAGCUCUAAUCUGAUUGCCCAUCAAAGGACCCACACAGGAGAGAAACCAUAUAAGUGCUCUGACUGUGGGAAAAGAUUCAGCCAGGCUGGGAACCUUAAGGAACAUGAGAGAACCCACACUGGAGAGAAACCAUAUAAAUGCCCAGAAUGUGGAAAAAGUUUUCGACAAAUUUCUUACUUUAUUAAACAUCACCAGAUCCACCUUGUGGAUGAAGGGAUGCAUAUAGAAGAGAGACCGCAUAAAUGCUCUGAUUGUGGGAAAGGUUUCAGUGAGAAAGCAAGCCUCAUUAGGCAUCACAGAAUCCACACAGGAGAAAAACCCUUUCAGUGCUCGGACUGUGGGAAAAGCUUCUGUCUUAAAUCUAACCUUGUUGUACAUGUAAGGAUCCACACUGGAGAGAAACCAUAUAAAUGCUCCGAGUGUGGGAAAAGCUUCAACCAGACAUCAAGUCUUCAUAAUCAUGAGAGAACCCAUAAAGGCGAAGAACCCUAUAAGUGUUUAGAGUGUGGGAAAAGCUUCAACAGGCCCUCUCAGCUUAAGGCCCAUGAGAGAAUCCACACUGGAGAGAAACCUUAUACAUGUACAGAAUGUGGGAAAGGCUUCAUUUAUAACCAUCACCUUGUCAGGCACCAGAGAAAUCACACAGGAGAGAAACCAUAUAAAUGCCCUGAGUGUGGGAAAGGAUUUGGUCUCAAAGCGACUCUUAUUAAACAUCAAGUAAUCCACACAAAGGAGAAACCAUAGACAUUUCAGUUAGACUUUGAGCCACAACACAGGGGUUCCAAACUUUGGGUCUCCAGAUGUUGGACAAGAACUCCCAUUGCCUUCAGCUAUUGUGUCUAGGGGUCAUAGAUGUUGUUAGACUACAACUCUUGGGGACCCUAAGGUUGGGAACCCCUGUCUUAACAAAUGUGUGAGAAUCCAUUUAGUGGGGCACAAACCCACUAAGUUCCAUACAUGAAACAGGAGGGGUGUCAGGUAGGGGAACUUUGGUAUUCCGCUCUGACCUAAGGACCAGAUGGACUUCUGAUUAGAUGCUGGAAGACUCUCCUUGUAUUCUUAGAAAGUGGUCAGUUAGAGACAGGAAAUAAGCCUCUAUAUAUGUGGAGGGUAUUCCUCCAAAAAUUGAGGCAUGUCCCGCUUCAACAGUUUUAAUUUGGCGUUUUGAGUAGUUUUUGAUGCCUUGAGUCCCCCCACCCACCUGUUAAUGUUGUUCAUUUUGUGUAUUCAAAUAACAACAACAAAUAUGUAUAUACCGUUUUCCAAAAAAAGUUUCCAAAGCGGUUUACAUAGAGAAAUAAUAAAUAGAUGGAUCCCUGUCCCCAAAGGGCUCACAAUCUAAAAAGAAACAUAAGAUAUGCACCAGCAACAGUCACUGGAGGUACUGUGCUGGGGAUGGAUAGGGCCAGUUACUCUCCCCCUGCUAAAUAAAGAGAAUCACCACGUUCAAAAGGUAUCUCUUUGCCCAGUUAGCACGCCUAAUAAGUUACAGUAUUGUUAUAUUAUGAAUGUGUUUAAUACUUGCUAUGACCUAUGGGAAAUGCAAUAAAGACUCACCAGCUGACUUCAGCUGAACUUUGAACACAUGAAACAGCCUUAGUCAAACCACUGGUCCAUUGAGCCAGGGAUUAUCUCCUCUGAAUGUCAAGAGCUCCAAGAUCUCAGUCUGGAUUAUCCUUCAACUUUGCUCCUGAGAUUUUCAUUUGAGAGUCCAGGAUUGAAACUGAACACCUUUUGUAUACAAAACAGGUGAUCUGAGCUGUUGCCCCUUCCCUAUUCAGAUGUAUAGUCAUAUCACUGUAUUUUCCACAUUUGUCUGAGGGCUCAAGUCUAGAUUUGCUGGGCAGCAAUCCUAGAAUUCUAAGAGUUAGAAGGGGCCUUGGAGAUCUUCUAGUCCAACCCUCUGCUCAAUGCAGGAAUCUGCUGCAGCAUCCUUGACAGAUGGUUGCCCAGGCUCUGUUUGAAAACCUCUAGCAAAGUAGAGCCCACCAUUGUAUGAGGCAGCUUGUUCCACUCUUGAACAGCAGUUACAGCUAGGAAAAUCUACGUAAUGUCUAGCCCAGGGGUAGUCCUGCCCUCAGGAGCAAAAGAAAACAAGUCUGCUUCUUCUGCAUGACAGCCCUUCAGAUAUUUGAAGACACUGAUCAAAUCUCCUGUUAGUCUUCUUUUUUCUAGAUGAAACCUACCCAACUCCUUCAACCAUUCCUUGCAAAAUUUGGUUUCCAGAUGCGAUGUCAUCUUGGCUGCCCUCCUAUGAACCUGUUCCAGUUAAUCAAAGUUUGUCUUAAAAUGCUGGCCCAGAAUGAAUUCAGUAUUCGAAAUGUGGUCUGAUCAGCAUAGGAUAGAGUGGAAAGAUUACUUCUCGUGAUCUAACAACAGCAGCAACAACAACAACAAAUAUUUAUAUACCGCUUUUCAACAAAAGUUUCCAAAGCGGUUUACAUCAAGAAAUAACAAAUAAACAAGUAAGAUGGAUCCCUGUCCCCAAAGAGCUCACAAUCUAAAAAGAAACAUAAGAUAGACACCAUAACAGUCACUGGAGGUACUGUGCUGGAGGUGGAUAGGGCCAGUUACUCCCCCCCCCACUAAAUAAAGAGAAUCACCAUGUUGAAAGGGUGCCUCUUUGCCCAGUUAGCAGGGGGUACUAACUGGGGUAGUACCCCUGCUAACUAACAGGGGUAAUGAUGUGAUCUGGACACUAUGCUUCUGUUAAUGGAUCCUAAGAUUGCAUUUGCUUUUUUAGCAGCUGCUUCACUCUCCUGGCUCAUGUCAAGGAACUAUUAAUUGGAUAAGUAUAGGAAAUAGGACUACUGUAUCUCUAAAUACUUGAGGAGCCAGCAUGGUGUAGUGGUUAGAGUGCUGGACUAGGGCCAGGGAGACCCGAGUUCAAAUCCCAAUUCAGCCAUGAAACUAGCUGGGUUACUCUGGGCCAGUCACUUCUCUCUCAGCCUAACCUACUUCACAGGGUUGUUGUGAGGAAAAACUCAAGUAUGUAGUACACCACUCUGGGCUCCUUGGAGGAAGAGCGGGAUAUAAAUGUAAAAAUAAAUAAAAUAAAUAAGACUAGUUCAGGUGUGGAGCUCCGCACCCAAUGAAGUGUUCUCAGCACAAUCCUCUUGGAGUUCACAGGUUUCUGAUCAGAUGGAAGAAGUACCAUGUGAACUAGAACUAUAUGAGUAGAUCACAGAGAUUCUUGUGACCGCUGUGGGUUCAAAAUUGCCUGUAUGGAAAUCUGUGAUCAUAAUCUCAAUGUACACAUGUAUUUCCAGUUCCCACCAUGAUUUCUCCAUGCAGUCGGAGGAGUGUAUGAAUCUGAGGAUGGUUGCAAAGAGGAAAUUCAGUGUUGUAACAGUACGUGAGGGCCAAUCCCUAAUGGCACUGGGUUCUUGCCCUAUUUUGUGGGAUUAUAUAGAUGCCAACAGGAAGUGUGCAUUGCCUUUCCUUGAAGCCUACUACUACAGAUAUUUAUAUACCACUUUUCAAUAAAUGUUUUCAAAGUAGUUUACAUAGAAAAAUAAAUAAGAUGGUUCUCUGUCCCAAAAGAACUCACAGUCUAAGGAAACCAGGUAGACACCAGCAACAGCCACUGGAGGGGUGCUGUGCCCUUCCUAAAUAUAAUCAUCACUUUGAAAAGUGUCUCUUCACCCAGUUAGCAGGUGCAGAACCUAUCUAUGACAUCUUCUGGUUGCUGUUGUGAUCCUAUGAUAAUUGUCAGCAAAAUGGCAUGUGAGAUUCCAUGUUAAUAAAUGCAAAGUGUUGAACACAGAAGACUAAAAUAAAAUCCUAACUUCAUAUUUUC